AUGGUUAUCGGCUUAUUUGUGGCCGUCCUAUUCGUCGACAUCUUCCAAUGCACCCCUAUUGCAUACGUUUACGACAUGUCGAUUGAGGGAGGAACCUGCAUCGAUCAAGGAGGAUUCUAUGUGUCUACCGCAGCACUCAAUCUCUUCACAGAUAUCAUGGUGCUGUCUAUUCCCAUCAUCAUCACUUGGAAUCUUCAAAUGCCCCUCCGACGAAAGCUUGCAGUCUGCGUGAUCCUGUGUCUUGGUGGAGUCCACAAGGUCGUAUCGGAUCCUACCUAUUCCAUUGGCUUUUGCAGCUCAGCCAUCGAAGUCAACGUGGCUGUUGUGACCGCCUGUGGUCCGUCAAUGAAAGCCAUCGCCAGCAAGUAUCUUCCUCGUCUGCUGGGAACAUCACGCGGUGGGGGUACCUCUGGCUAUGGGCCCGGGACCAGUGGAUCUCGUGGUGUCUUCCCUGGCUCCAAGUUUUCCAAACACAAGUCGCAGCUGCACUCCAAUGCCGACGACGGGUACGAGAUGGCGGAUCCGAGGCACCGUGUGGACAUCGGCCCAGGCGAAAGCGGGAACCACUUUGAUAUGCGCAAGUACAAGCGCAGCGGCGAUAGUCCCAGUAUCUCAAGCGGAAGUGAGGACGGAAUGGCCGGGAUUGUGAAGACAACUGAUGUAUCGGUGCGAUAUACCGUCGACGAGGUGAGCCCACAUCAUAAUAGCCGGUCGCAUGAUGGCAAACACACCAGUAUGGAUAGCUUGGUUUAG